AUGCAACGCCAACCUCACCCCCCUGCCCAUGGGCAGCCCAUUUCCUCCGCAGUAUCAAUUACGCCCACAACCAGUAAUCCUGCAUACAUCCACCCUACGGACUUCGACGAGCAGCUGGACGGCAUCAUCGCCAACCCAAACUUCCUGGCGUCUUCGGAAUGGCUGAAUCGGCAUGGAUAUGUUAGCGCCGCGCAAUAUGCUCUUGAGGCAGUUGCCCAGACGGUCUUCCAUGAGUUCCAAGGUGGCGAUGACUUUUGGGGCACGGAAGAGGUGGUAGAGACUGAAGUGGGUAAUCUCUAUCGCCACCGGGAGGAUAGCGCCAUGGCUGAGGAACCCGUUACCUUGCAGUACCCUUCGUCAGCUGCGUCCCAGUAUGAUCCUCUGCUACAGUACGAUCCAUUGGUGAAGUCGUCGUACAGCUUCCCAGUGUCGUAUCAGAACCCUUCACUGAUGCCAUGGCAGUACAAUACAUUAUUGCAGUACAACCCGCCGACGACGUCGCAUGCCGCUCCACCGGUGUCUUCUCAGAAUAUUUCUACAUCAGCGUCGCCGUAUGCACCUCGUGGAGCAUCGUCGUACUCUGGGUACGCUCCAGCUGCAUCGCCGUACACUUCUCGAGCAGACUCACCGUACGCUGGAUAUGCUCCAGCCGCGACUUCUCGAGCAGCUUCACCGUACCCCGGAUACGCUUCCGCAACAUCGCCGAAUACUCCUCGGGCUAUGCCACCAUACCACGGCUAUGCUCCAGCAGCUGCAUCACAACAUAGUUCCCCAGAUGAAUCACAAACCGUGGAUCCACCAGCGUUGCAGUACAACACAUUGGCUGCAUUGCAGCCCGCUCCCAAGGCGAAUGAGGCGUCCUUCAAGGCCAAUUCGACCCCGACGUCUGCUGUCCGUACUCAGUCCACGAUUCCAACGGAUCUCAAGAACAUCACCCGCGGCAUCGAAAAGAAGCCUACCCAGGACCUCUACCAAGCUGCCUUGGACAUCAAGCAGCAAAUCUAUGAUUGGCACGCCGAGCGCGAUCUUCUAGAGGACGUCAUGCUGGCGAAGAAGCAGGAGCAUAACACUCGACUUAAGAAUGCUGCCAAGUCGCAAUCAGGAAAGGAGUCAUUACCAUGCCCGGAGGAGCGGGAGCGGCGCAAGAAGCUCAUGGACAAGAUCAGGGGCUUCCAGAAGAAGUUUGAGACCGUGAAUGCGGAGCUGGAGAAGCGUGGAGUGGUCGUACCAGUUUGA